AUGUCCUCGUCCUCCUCCGAGUCGUCCUCAAACCAACCCCCAGCCGAGAAGUUCAAGCCAGUCUAUGUAAACUUCCCAACCAGCUUCAAGGACGAGUCCAACUUUGUGAUUCUCGUUUCCAAGAACCACCCGAGGGUCCAAAGCGCACUGAAAGUCGAUCCCGAGCCGAGUAAAGUGUUCGAAAACGACCCACUCACUUGCUACGCGAUAAUCAACCCCAAUUUUGGACGGUCCCUCAAGAAGCUGCACAACGACCUCAAGGACGACGACAAAAUCCCUGACGAGGUCCGCACCUGGCUUGCAAACCGCCGCAUUGAUCACAACGUGACCCGCGCGGCCAAUGCCUUGGUGGGCGUCAUGACCAUCCUCGAGGAUGCUGAGAUCCAGGAGCCUCCGGAGAGGUACAAGAGGUACUCGUCACGCUCGUCGAACGAUUCUUACGAGUUCCCCGACCUUUGA